GACAAUGAUGUGUUCAGUGGGGAAUCUACCGACGAGGAUUCUUCAAUCCCACCGCCGUCGGCCAAGCCUCAGCUCGGCUCUAAGAAUGCACAGGAGGUGUUGUCUCUGUCAAGUGUUGGCACGCGGCCGCCGGUGCUCGGCACAUGGGUCACCAAGCACGACCGCCCGUACGAGAUCAUCGACGGACUCACCACGCGCUCGCUCACGCCUGCGGCCGAAAAGGCGGCGGAGGUUGCAGCACCGCUUCCGGUGGAGCCUGCGUUACAACUCGACGAGUUGUUCAACAUGUCGGACUUGGAGGAUUCUGUGGAGGUGGUACGCGAUCCAGACGACGCCAUGGGUGCGUGGGACGCGUUUGACCGCGCACGUAAGGUACCACUCUCGGCGUUCCGCAACAAGGGUAUGUUUGAGGCGCCGCCUGCGCACGGCGCCGCGCCGAAUAUGCGCCGCUACUCGCUUUCUGCCACCAACCGCCGCCGCUCAUCCACGUUGAGUAGCAUUGCUACGCCACGUGGCAAAAAGCUCAGUUUCGCGCCGCCGCCGUCGCCAAAGGCUGUGGGGUCCUGGAGCGAGGAGAAGAGCGUGAAGAAGAUGGCCAAGUUGAACCGUAGGCGGCAGAGCGUGGCAGAGGCAGCCGCUGAAGGCUUGCGCUCAACCAAGUCAGGGUUGUUUAGUGAGGACACGCUCCAGGGCGUGGAGGAAUUGUUGGCAGAC